AUGUUUUACGCAGAUUCAAUCUAGGAAGAUAAAAUUAAACCCUACCUUCGUCAAAUUGAGAAAGAACAAGAGAGGAAAGAUAGAAUUAAAAACCUAGCUGAAUCUCUAAUGAACAAAACUAAAUUGAAAUUGAAGUUGACCACUAAGGAAUCAAAGAGAGAAGAACAAUUUAAUAAGAAAUUAGAGGAUAUGAAACAACUCAGUACUUUUGUGGAUGCAAGAUCUUCCAUUAAUCGCUUAAAUUUACUAAACGAUAGAAGUCUCUUAUUGAAACUCUAAGUGAUAAAGAAGACUCAAAAAUACCAAGAGAGUAAUAAAAAUACUGCAACUAAAACUGAUAUCCCAAAACAAGAAAUGCCGUCACUAAAUUCUCAACCACUAAUUUUGGAUGAUGAAUUCAAAUUAUAAUUUUUGGCUACUUAGAAUUAUGAUCCUAUCAAAAGGAAGUAACUAUAAAUGCCAAGAAGAUCCUAGCCAGAAUCUCCAAAAGACACUGAACCUAUGAUAAGAGGAGAAGAAUUCUUAAACUUUGAGGUCUCUCCUAAAAAUGAUACAAAUCUAUUCUAUCGAUCAGUAUUCAAAACAAGUCCUUCUCCAGAAAGAAAAUAACUAAUACAACAGUAUGAAGAGGAGACAAAGAAGGCUCGAUAAUUUCUUCAAUAGCAUGGAUUAAUUGAGAAGUAAGGCUCAAAGAAUCACAAGCGAUCUCCAUUGAGAAAAGUACCGAUUUAGCAAUACUAUUAAAACUUUCAAAAGUAAUGCCAAUCAUUAGUAAAGGAUGUGGCUCUGGAAUCAAGGAGAAGAAGUGUAAUGAGUCAGAUGAAUGAGAGUGAAGGAUGCUCUUCAAAGAAGGACUUCGUAAGAGAUGCAAUCAUUCACAAAAAUCAGAAUACAAUUAUGUGCAGAUCGUCAAUGAAGUUGAAUAAGUCAUAGACCAAUUCCUUAUCAUCUCCGAGGUAGAAGGCGAAGAUCUUCAAUCAAAAGGAUAAAUAAGGGUCUCAAACUUAGAGAGUUCUAAGAAAGACUAGAAGUAUAUUUGAUUCGGAAUAGAACAGUCCUAUAAAAUCAAGAUUGCAAACUCAAUUUGAAUCAUUCACUUAGGCUGUCAAUAAAACUUAGAAGGCAUUCAAUAGGAUAAAUAAGGGGAACGAGAAGAUUAUUAGGAGGAUGUCGACUGCUGUUAGUAGUAUUCAUAAAAAGUAUAGCAAGGAAGUUGUUUAAGUUUGA